AUGAGUCUCAAAAUCCUUCUGCUCGGCGCUGGAGGCAGAGAACACGCAUUAACUUGGAAAUUGGCCCAAUCGCCACUGGUUGAACAUAUAUAUGUUUGUCCAGGAAAUGGCGGGACAAAUCAAGAAGCAAAAGCUAGUAAUUUAAACCUUCCGUUGCAUGAUUUUCCUCAGCUUGUCGACUUCGCUGUUAAGACCGGUGUCAAUCUCGUCGUGCCCGGUCCUGAACAACCACUGGUCGAUGGCGUCGAAAUGUACUUUCGCAAAGUUGGAAUACCGGUUUUCGGACCAAGUCCGCUCGCUGCCAGAAUGGAAGGAUCUAAAUCGUUUUCAAAAGAUUUCAUGGCGCGGCACUCCAUCCCUACGGCAAAGUUCCGCGUCUUUCAAUCGUCGCAAAUCGACAAAGCCAUCCAUUAUGUCAAGACUUGUGGUCAUCUGGUUGUGCUGAAAGCUGAUGGUCUCGCAGCUGGCAAGGGAGUACUAAUUCCGCAGUCUGAAGAAGAAGCGAUCGCUGGACUAAAAAAUAUCUUGGUCGAAAAUGUUUUCGGAGCUGCAGGUAAUCAAGUCGUCGUCGAAGAACAAUUGACAGGUCCAGAAAUUUCUGUCCUCGCCUUUUCCGAUGGAUACACCGUAGUACCUCUCCCUGCCGCUCAGGACCAUAAACGUAUCGGUGAAGGGGACGUUGGUUUGAAUACUGGGGGGAUGGGUGCCUACGCCCCUGCCCCGGUUGCAUCGCCUGCAAUCAUGAAGCAGAUCAUGGAGGAAUCUCUCCGACCUACUAUUGACGGAAUGCGGAGAGACGGGUUUCCUUUUGUUGGCAUGCUCUUUACUGGGUUUAUGCUGACUUCAAACGGACCAAAAGUACUAGAGUAUAACGUCCGUUUCGGAGAUCCCGAAACGGAAGCUCUCGUCCUUCUCCUUGACCAAAAGGCGGACUUGGCCGCCAUCCUACUCGCCUGCGCGGAGCACCGUUUAGAUAGUGUUCCCGUUCCUAUACGAAAUGGUGUUGCAGUGUCCGUUGUCCUUGCUUCCGCUGGAUAUCCAGGAAGUUACGCUAAAGGCAAGCAAAUCCAGUUUGGAGAACUACCCUCAGAUACGGUUGCAUUCCAUGCCGGUACAGAACAGAAAUCCGGGGCGACUCUGACAGCAGGCGGACGGGUUUUGGUUGCUGCUGCUUUUUCGGCGACUUUAGAGGAAGCCUUGAAGAUUGUCUAUCAAGCUGUAGAUCAGAUAUCCUUCGAAGGCAAGACAUACAGACGAGAUAUCGCACAUCGGCCAGGCAUUGAAAGUUUGACAUAUGCACAGGCUGGUGUAUCAGUAGAUGCAGGUAAUACCCUUGUCGAAGUUAUCAAACCCUUUGUGCGGUCCACUCGUCGAUCAGGCGCAGAUGCCGAGAUCGGUGGAUUCGGUGGGGUCUUCGACCUCAAAGCGACAGGAUAUAUAGAUCCUGUACUCGUCAGUGGCACAGAUGGUGUAGGCACCAAACUUCGUGUUGCCGUAGAUGCAGGGAUUCAUGAUACCGUCGGCAUAGACUUGGUCGCGAUGUCCGUGAACGACCUGUUAGUACAAGGCGCUGAGCCUCUGUACUUCCUAGACUACUAUGGCUGUAGCAAACUUGACGUCGCCAUCGCAUCUCAAGUGAUACAGGGUAUAGCUGAAGGAUGUCGGGAGGCUAAAUGUGCAUUGAUUGGAGGUGAGACCGCCGAAAUGCCCGGGAUGUACCAGCCAGGAGACUAUGAUCUCGCAGGGUUCGCUGUCGGUGCCGUAGAAAGAGAACGAAUACUACCCUCUAAUAAUAUCGUCGCCGGAGACAUCCUUUUGGGUGUCGCCUCCUCCGGUCUUCAUUCGAAUGGCUUUUCUCUCGUACGAAAAAUUUUGGAGACCACGAACUUGUCGUAUUCAUCUCCUUGUCCGUGGGACACCACUCUCACCCUUGGUCGAGCUUUGCUUAAGCCCACCGCGAUCUACAUUAAACAAAUAUUACCGGCAGCGCAAGCAGGUUACAUAAAGGGCAUGUCUCAUAUCACCGGCGGAGGUUUCGUCGAAAACAUUCCUCGUGUGCUUCCAAAAGAGCUAGGAUGUUCGAUAGAUGCUUCAUCUUGGGAGCUACCCCCGGUUUUCCAAUUUCUCAUGAAGCAAGGGGGCGUAGAACCGUUGGAGAUGGCAAGGACAUUCAACAAUGGAAUCGGUAUGGUUGUCAUUGUCAGUGAGAGUAGUGCCCCCUUGGUAACAGAGACAUUGCGCAAAGCAGGCAAUGCAGAGAUAUAUCAGAUCGGGCGGGUUACGUCGAAGGUAGGAGUAGUAAUGGAAAACAUACAUGUAUGGAACCCAACGUAG